CUCAGCCUACAUCAUCGUCUUUCCCCCCUCCAAAACCCUCGCUUGUCCCUCCACUUCCGGGCUUCGCUCAGAACAUCGCCAUCGUCUCCGAACCCUCGCGAUAAAGUCGCGUUAGAUCUAACUGUGAAGGCAACAAAGGGAUCUCCACGUACAGAGACCCGAAACUCCAUCUCCUUUUUCUCCAUUUCGCGCGAAACACCCGUGCGUGAUUCAGUAAAUCUAGGAUUGGUGGCCGAAAUCCGUGAAAUCCGGAUUUAUCAAAACCGAGGCUUUAUUUUGUCCAAACUGACCGUCUGGCAAGAUUUAUUAGGUCAAAUCCUGCUCUAAAUCCUUUACCUAAAGGCUUAAGAAACAUACGGGGGGAGAGAGACAGAGAGGGACUGCUCUCUGAGCUCUUCGUGUUGCCGUUGACAUGGCAACCUCACAGUCCCAGGCGGUGAAAUGCCUCAAUACCACCACCACCGGGCGGCGUUUCGUGUUCAAGAGUUUCUCUCAGCGAGUGGAGGAAAUCAACAUUGAUGUAUUCCGCAGUCUGGAACAAGUUAAGUCCGAGCCUAAAGACGGUUCUUCCUUCUUUAGGGAGGCUUUGCUGCACUGGAGAGAGCUCUGUACAGCUGAGGACUUCAUCUCGUUUUAUGAGGAGAUGAUGCCACUAGUCCAAACUUUACCUCAGAUAAUACUGCACAAAGAGUUCAUAUUCUCGGAACUUGUACGGAGAUUGCAAGUUAGAGCAAAGCUCUCCCUUGAACCAAUACUAAUGUUGAUUGCUGCUUUUUCAAGGGAUGUCCUCGAGGAAUUUUUGCCUUUUUUGCAAAGGCUUGCUAGUUCUUUAACUAAUCUUCUUUAUAGUGGAGGUGAUCGUGAUCCCGAAGUACUUGAGCAGGUCUUCACUGCUUGGUCCUAUAUUGUUAUGUAUUUGCAAAAGUAUCUUGUAAAGGAUGUUGUCACCUUCUUAAAAAUUACAGUCCAACUACGGUACUAUCCAAAGAAGUAUGUCCAAGAGUUUAUGGCUGAGGCUGUUUCAUUUUCGUUAAGGAAUGCUCCAUUAAAUCAACUUAAAAAUGGGAUCAGAAAGAUAAUUAUGGACGUAGUGAAAGUUUCAUCUGAUGUAAAGAAAUUUGGGGCUACGGCUUUAUUAUGGCAUGUUAUGAGCGGAACAUACUCACGCCUUCACUCAAAAGCGAGGGAAGUUUUGCUAUUUUUAAUGGAUGAGUCUGUGCUAAGCAUGAGAGAUAUUACUCAAGGUUCAGAAGCUGUACUCGAUGUUGUAAACGGUAUUUUGCAUAGAUUAUUUGAAGAGAUAGAUCACAUGGACCAGAAGGUUGUAUUUGAAUGCUUAUUUGAGAAAAUAUAUUGUAGCAUAAACAAGGGAUGUUUGACUCACCUAAUUCAGUUAUUGGUACUUCUAACAAAUGCUGUUCGUCUUAGCAAGGAUGGCCGAGCCUUUGAUGAAAACAAAAUGGUAGAGCUUAUUAGAUUACUCAUGCAUUCCUUCAUUGCUUCUCCGGAAAUCAUCAAGUCCGGAGAGUGUUCUUCUGAGGGUGCAUUACCUAUCAUUCGUAAUAAGAUUCUGCAGUUAGUGCUUUGUCGGCUGGACACGCCUGAAGGUUGUUCUUAUACAUGCAUCACAAUGGAACUUGCUCCAGUGUUUAAGUUAGAACAUUCAAGUUUGCUUAUGUUUGUGGAAGGGCUCGUUGACAAGGAUCCUGAAGUUGUACUUUCCUUUAGAACUUAUAUUAUCAGCGCCAUCGAUGAAAUGAUUGAAAAAUCAUCAGAAGAAGUCCUCAUAUUGAUGCUGAAAUUAAUCGAGAGACAAUCCUGUAAUAUUCUUGAAGCAAUUCCACCGAGGACAUGCAAAUUCUUUACAGAGACAUUAAAUUAUUGGUCGAACUUUUUAAGUGAAAUUGCAAAUAUCAAAAACGUCUCAGAUCUUUUGCCUAAUUUAGCUGUUUUAUGGGGAGUUAUAAGAUGUUACCCAUCUUUCGAAUGUACAAGCGGAACUCCAUUAUUACUUAAGAAUUUGAUAGGAAUUUUCAGCCAAGUCCUCGAAACCAAUGCUGAUGACAUUGCAGGUGUUCCAGUUUCCCUUUGGGAAGAUCUACUCGGCGAUACGUUGAAUUCAUAUCAUAAGCUGUUAUUGCGCGAGUGUAGUGGGCCUUCAGAAGCUCACAUUUUUCUUCAUACAGCUAAAAGACACAAAUCAUCUCCUCGAAUAUUGUUUGCUGUUGCUGAAUUUUUGGAUUCUGUCUUAUGGUCGAACAAUGAUUACACGAAAAUUGGUGUUGAAGAUGCUCAGCAUUUGAUAAGCAUUUUUGCGGAUAAUUUAGCCCUACCUAAUAAAGAAAUUCGAGUUUCUACGCUACGAAUUUUUUCUCAUCAUGCUCUUCAGGAUGAGCUCCCUGUGAGCGGAGAUCGGCCUCCCAAGAGAGUUAAAUAUGAUGAAUUUGACUCAGAUAAAAUUUUUGAAUCCAUCAAUGUUGUCAAUCUUUUACUUUCUAUUGAAACAACUCCGAUUUCUGUAUUUACAAGUCGAAAAGCUGUACUUCUAAUCUCCAGAUUACAGAUGGUCUUGGGAUCUGGAAAAAUACACGAUAAUUUUGUUCCUGCAAUAUUGAAUGGGGUUAUUGGCAUCUUACAUAAUAGAUUUUCCCUUCUCUGGGAUCCUGCUCUGGAGUGUCUUAUUACUUUAAUUAGACGAUAUGGUAAAAUUGUUUGGACUCAAGUUGUGCAACAUCUUGAAUAUUAUCAAUUGAAGUCUCUUUCUGUUGAUGAAGCUGUUCUAAAAUUGAAAUCGGAAAAUCUUCAAGCAAAGACUCUUGUCCAGUGCUUUAAAACAAAUUUUGAACGUGAAUUUGAUAGCACGCCAUGCAUAACAGUGAUGAAUCUUUUGCUUAAGGCUCUUCAAAAAAUACCCCAAAUGGCAGAAUCUCAUUCCCGCCAACUUAUUCCACUUUUCUUGAAGUUUUUGGGCUAUACUGAUGUUGACACAUUCAGUGUUGAAUCAUUUAGAGAAUAUAAGUGUACUGGAAAGGAAUGGAGGUCAGUUCUCAAAGAAUGGUUGAGCUUGCUGAAACUAAUGCACAAUUCCCGAUCUUUGUAUCAAGGUGAAGCUCUCAAGGAUGUUCUAUUAAACAGGCUUCUUGAUGAAAUUGACCCUGAUAUACAGCUGAGAGUUAUAGAUUGCUUAUUAAACUGGAAGGAUGACUACCUCAUUCCAUAUGAUCAGCAUCUUAAAAAUCUGAUAAUUUCUAGGAAUAUUCGUGAAGAACUCACCACAUGGGCUGUUUCUAUAGACUCCAAAAAUAUUCAGAAAGAACACAGGGCUCAUUUAAUUCCUGUUGUUGUUAGAUUGCUAACACCGAAAGUGAGGAAGAUUAAAACACUUACAUUACAUAAGCAUGCAGUUAUGAACAUUCGAAGAGCAAUUCUUUGCUUUUUAGCACAACUCGAAGUCAAUGAUCUUCAUCUAUUCUUUUUUCUACUGUUGAAGCCAUUGUUGAGCAAACAUCAUGGAACCAAUGCCCUAGUUGCAGGCCAAUGGAAAUCACUUGCUUUUAAUUGUUUAAUCUUUCAACCUGUUGCAGAUAUUUCGUUGAAGAAGAAAUAUGGAUUCCUAUAUGUUCUAGAGGAUGUCCUUAAAACUUUUGAUGAUUUACACAUCAUGCCAUUUCUUAGUCCAUUAAUGACUUUUGUUGCCUUAAUUCUUGAGAACUGCAUGUCAAAUAUCAAAGCUGAAGAUAGCAGAAAAAUCUGUGCUUCAAAAGUUGGUGCUGUUGGGGAUUCAGGGGUUGAGGAUGCAGAAACUUCAGCACAUAGUUCUCUUGCGUGGUGCACAUCUAGUAAGCAGUUCAAGGAUUUGCGAUCUUUAUGUUUGAAGAUUUUAUCUUCUGCUCUGAACAAGCAUGAUAGCCACGACUUUGGUUGUGAGUUUUGGGACAUUUUCUUCAACUCUGUGAAGCCUCUAAUAGACAAUUUCAAGAAUGAGGGUUCUAGCAGUGAAAAACCGAGCUCAUUAUUUUCUUGUUUUCUUGCUAUGAGUCGAAGCCCCAUACUUGUAUAUUUCUUAAACAGGGUGGCUAAUCUUGUUCCUGCUAUCUUUUCAAUUCUUACCGUGAGGACUGCUUCUGAUGCCAUUAUAUCUUCAGUGCUUAGUUUUGUUGAGAAUUUGUUGAACCUGGGAAAUGAUUUUGAUCAAGAGAAUGACUCUAUAAAAUCUGUGUUCUAUCCUCACCUCGAAGUACUCAUCAAGAAUUUUCAUGAACUUUUCAUGUCCGGCGAAGAUUCAAACAAGAAAUCCACCAUUUCGCUGGGAAAGAAAGAGCUGAGGAUAUUCAAAAUGAUGGCGAAUUAUGUGAAAAAUCAUUCCACAGCUGUUCAAUUCCUUGAUUUACUUCUCCUUUUUUUCAAAAGAAAAGUUUUAGAUUUCGCUGAUUGCUUGGAAGCAUUGCUUGUUAUGAAGAAUAUCUUACAGUAUUUACCUACCAAUGAUGACAACACAUCUGGAAAGAUUCUAAAAUCUAUCUUUCCAAUCCUCUCAGUUGCGGGAAUAGAUCUUCGGCUUUGCAUAUGUGAUAUCAUUGAUAACCUCGCGCUGAUUGAUUCAUCUUUAACUUAUCUGGCUAGGCUUCUUCGCGACUUAAAUGCUGUAUCUUUUAUGGAUAUUGGAGAGUUAGAUUAUGAUACAAUAAUCAGUGCAUACGAGAAAAUAAACCCAGAAUUAUUUUCUUUACUCGAAGUCAAUCAUACAUUGCUUAUCCUGUCACAUUGUGUAUAUUAUAUGUCAUCUGAUGAAUUAAUCCUUCGACAGUGUGCAUCAAAAUCUUUGCUAGCAUUCAUUCAGUUUGCUUCGUCAUAUCUAAAAACAGAAUCAAAUAUUUUUUUUACGCAUGAUGCUGAAGGUAAACAAGCAUCUUGUGCAGCUUUAGAAACAUGCGGUAAAUCGAAUUGGACGAAGGCUUGCAUUCUACUGAUAAUAAAUGAUGUUCUUUUGAAGAACAUGAAAGAAGCUUUGACGAAGGAAAUCUCCAUCCAAAAAGAAUGGAUGACUCUUCUUCGUGAAAUGAUUUAUAAUCUUCAUGAAGUUCCGGCUCUGUAUGCAUUUAGACCGCUAUGUAGUGAGGAUCCUGAAGUCGAUUUUUUCAACAAUAUUCUCCACCUGCAGAUACAUAGGAGAAGAAGGGCUUUGUUGCGAUUUAGAAAUGUUAUCAGUGCUGGAAAUUUCACAGAGAACAUUGCUGUAAACAUAUUUGUUCCUCUGUUUUUAAAUAUGAUGUUUGAAGUGAAAUCUGGGAAAGGGGAGCAUAUAAGGGAUGAAUGCUUGGAUUCACUCGCUUAUAUAGCAAAUAAGAUGCAAUGGGAAUCAUAUCGUUCCUUUCUAAUGAAAUGUUUUCGUGAAAUUAGUGGUCGUCCAGAAAAACAAAAACUCUUAGUAAGAUUGAUUUGUGCUAUAUUGGACAACUUUCAUUUCUUCGCUUCUAACUCUUGUGAGAAUGAUAAAGUUUAUUCUUCUGAUGCUUUACGUUCUGAUAAUCCUCAAGGGAAUGCAAUUGUGAAAUUAAAAGAUAAAUCUUCUGCUAAAACUAUUCCUGAAAUAGAGUCUUAUCUUGAAAAAACAGUCCUUCCUCAAAUUCAGAAGAUCCUGAGCAUGGAUUCCGAAAAAGUCAACGUUAAUAUUAGUCUCGCUGCCCUUAAGUUACUAAAACUUCUAUCUUCUGAUAUUAUGGAUUCACAACUUUCUAGCAUCAUUCACCACAUUUGUGCGUUCUUAAAGAAUCGUCUUGAAAGUGUGAGAGACGAAGCACGAUCUGCUUUGGCUGCAUGCACGAAAGAGCUAGGAUUGGAAUAUCUGCACUUUAUAGUUAAAGUCAUGCAAUCAAAUCUUAAGCGAGGCUAUGAAAUGCAUGUUUUAGGAUAUAGUUUGUAUUUCAUUUUAUCGAAGACUCUCACAGGUAGAGCAACAGGGAUCUUGGAUUACUGUUUAGAAGAACUCCUCCUUAUCACUGAAAAUGACAUUUUUGGAGAUGUUGCUGAAGAGAAAGAGGUCGAGAAAAUUGCUUUGAAAAUGAAAGAAACUCGGAAAAGCAAAUCUUUUGAUACUCUCAAGUUGAUUUCACAGAACAUUACUUUCAGAACUCAUGCUAUGAAGCUUCUCUCUCCCAUACAUAAACAUAUUGAGAAGAAUCUCACACCAAAAAUAAAGCGGAGACUUGAAAUAAUUUUGUUCCAUAUAGCCUCCGGAAUUGAAUGUAAUCCAUCAGCUCAAACCGCUGAGUUAUUUAUCUUUGUUUAUGGGCUCAUUGAAGACCGUAUUGGAACAAAUGAAAAUAUUUCUUUUCAUGGUAUGAAAAAUUCUCAUCUUGUUACUGUGUUCGCUCUUGAAAUGCUGCAUAAUCGUUUGAAGAAGAUGAAGUUGGACGAGAAGGACCCGCAGCUUCUUUCGAUGUUAGAUCCGUUUGUCAAACAGCUUGGAUACUGUCUGAAUUCUAAAUUUGAAAAUAUUUUAUCUGCAACAUUUAGAUGCCUUUCUCCACUGUUUAAGCUCCCCUUGCCAUCAUUGGAUGCAGAAGCUGAUAAAAUCAAGUCUUCGCUCCUUUCUAUUGUUCAGAGAUCUGGAGAUGGAAGCAGUCCGUUGGUCCAAUCCUGUUUAAAGCUGCUUAUGAUGCUGUUACGGAGCACAAGGAUUUCAAUUUCACAUAAUGAACUUCACAUGAUUAUUCGAUUUCCAAUGUUUAUUGAUAUUCAAACUCGUCCUUCCACUUUAGCGCUCUCGCUUUUGAAGGCAAUUCUCGCACGAAAACUCGUCGUUCAUGAAAUUUACGACAUAGUUUUGCGAGUUGCUGAACUAAUGGUCACGAGUCAGUCAGAAUCGAUUCGCAGGAAAUGCAGCGAGAUCAUGUUACAGUUUCUUCUUGAGUAUCAUCUCUCUGACAAGAGAUUGCAGCAACAUAUGGAUUUCUUACUGUCAAAUCUUAGCUAUGAACAUCCAUCAGGAAGAGAGUCUGUGCUGGACAUGCUUCAUGUUAUUUUGGUUAAAUUUCCUAGAAGUAUUAUUGAUAGUCAUGUUCAGUCUUUUUUUCUUCACCUAGUGGUUUCCUUAGCCAAUGAGCAAGACCAGAGGGUCCGGUCCAUGGUUUCAACAGUUCUCAAGGAACUGAUUGGUCGAACUAGUCAGCAGAUGCUGCAACCAAUUCUAGAAUAUACCCUAUCAUGGUAUUUUGGCGAGAAACAAUAUUUAUGGAGCGCGUCUGCGCAGGUUAUUGGGCUAUUAAUUGAAGUAUGGAGAGGAGGUCUUAGGAGGCAUAUUAUUGGUAUACUGCAAAUUGCUAGAAAUAUCUUGAAAACUUCUAUAGAUGCAGUUGAGAUUGCAGAAAUUGGUGUAAAAAAGGAAUCGGUGGUUCCAUUCUGGAAAGAGGCAUACUAUACACUUGAUAUGAUUGAGAAGAUGCUUAUUCAAUUUUCAGAACUUUACUUCCAACUGGAUUUUCAGGAGAUCUGGGGUUUGAUUUGCAAAUUUUUAUUGCAUCCUCAUUUAUGGUUGCAAAACAUUUCCAGCCGGCUUGUGGCCUUGUAUUUUAAUGCUGCAGCUGAAGCAAGCAGAGCUGACAGUGAGAAAAUGAACCAAAACAAUCUUUUUCUUAUCAAUCCUACCAGACUAUUUGCAAUCUCCGCUUCAACCUUGAAGCAACUGGAGGUACAGGUGAUAGGCGAUUCGAGUGGCAAUAUAAUUACUCAAAAUCUCGCAUUUUCAAUUUGCAGUUUGCACUCAUUUGCGAAGCGUAAGAGUCCGACCGGAUUGCAUGCAUUCUGGUCAAUGCUUGAUGCUGGUGAGAAAAGCUUGUAUCUGGAGGCUUUUGAUUUACUUGGUUCAAGAAAGGCAAAAAGGAGUUUUUUACUUUACACGAGUGUUACCGAUGAAUCUUCGGUGGAGAAGGAUCGCACAACAUCGGAUAAUGAGGACCUUCAAUCACUAUUAAUUAAACCAAUUUUGAAGAGGUUGGGAAAGAUAGCUAUGGAGAGAGAGAAUUUUCAGAUGAAAAUUGUAUUUAACUGCAUAAGAACGAUCUCCUCACAAAUUGGUGAGGAAGGUUCACGUGAUUAUGCCAUCCAUCUGUUGCUACCAUUGUACAAAGCUUGUGAAGGUUUUGCUGGAAAGGUCAUCGAAGAUGAAAUUAAGCAGCUUGCAGAAGAGGUUCGGGACAGUAUUCGUGAUGUGUUGGGAGUUGAGAACUUUGUACAGGUCUACAAUAGGAUCAGAAAGAACCUCAAGGGGAAGAGAGACCUUAGAAUAAACAAACAGAAGCUGAUUGCUGUAAUGAACCCUAUGCUUCAUGCCAAGAGAAAGCUCAGAAUAGCAGCUAAGCAUAAAGCACAUAAGAGAAGGAAAGUUGAUGCAAUGAAGAUGGGCAGGAGAAGAACUUGAAGGCUAAUUUUAUAUUUAUUCACAAUUUUGUUUCUUUUUUUAAUUUUCUUAUUAGAUUUUAUUUAUCAAACAUAUUUGUUCUGAUUGGUGAUUGUUAGAAGUAGGAUUAGGUGCCAAAUGUAUUCUUUAUGAUGUAGGAUUUAUGCAAGUGAGCAUUGAAACACUUGCAUGAUGGAAUCUAUGUCGUGUAUAUGAUCAUAAGUAGUCUAUUUAUUAUCAUCGACUUUAGUUAAAGGAGCACAACUCAGCUAUAUCCUCUGAGUCGGAUGAAGCACGCAUUAAAGAGUCAUAUGCUUAUUCUAUUCUUUUCCCCGGCGUAGCCAAGCCAUUUUGGACUUGAACCAGAGAUCUCGCUCGUGAAAUAAAUCAUUGCACCUACGAUCCAACCAAUUGGGAGAGAAUCAAUAUAUUCAACCUUCCCGAACGUAACACACAACUUUUCAUUGUACUGCGCUCUUCUAAG